GUUGGAAACGUCAAAGUGACAUUAUUGACAGAAAAGUCAUAAAGAAACCGAUCGAUUGUUGAUGUUUUUUUCUGAUUUAUUUUGUGAUUUUUGUGAUAAUGUACUAAACGUAUACAAUGCACCAGUAUUAUUAGUUAAAGGUCCUGAAAUAUAACCAGUUACGUAUGGGAGGUAGAACACGGAAGCAACUUUGUUGGAACUUAGCUGUUUUAAACCCUAUAUCAUUAUGGACUACGACUAUCUCAUUAAACUUCUCUGUGUGGGAGAUUCUGGAGUAGGGAAGACGAGCUUCUUAUAUAAAUAUACCGAUGGGGUCUUCCACACGCAGUUUAUUUCCACCGUGGGCAUAGACUUUAGGGAGAAAAGUCUGAUUUACCAACAGAAUGGGAGGCAGCAUCGCAUUCAUUUACAGCUGUGGGACACUGCUGGACAGGAGAGAUUCCGCAGCCUGACUACAGCUUUCUACAGAGAUGCAAUGGGAUUCCUUCUGCUGUUUGAUUUGACCAAUGAGGCAUCCUUCCUUGAAGUCAGGAACUGGAUUGAGCAACUGAAGACUCAUAGUCUCUCUGAUGACCCAGACAUAGUCCUCUGUGGCCACAAAUGUGAUUUGCAAGAAAAAAGGCUGGUGAACCAGAACCGUGCGCGGGAAUUUGCCAAGAACUACAACCUGCCAUACUUAGAGACUAGUGCCAAAUCCGGACAGAAUAUCGACCGAGCUAUUGAGAUUUUACUUGACCGCAUUAUGAACAGAAUGGAGUCUUCAGUGGAGUACGCGAUGCUUUGCGCAUCGGGCCGUCGCCGUCAAUCUCUCCAGAAACUGCAAGCCAACAAGGACAAGAAGUUUUGUUCAUGCUAAGUUUUAUAUUUAUAAUCUGUGAUUUUAUACUAUCUUAUACACUAUCUUACCUUGGAACUAAAAGUAUUGGACUAUACAAUUUAUGAACAUAUUUUAUAAUCUUCAAAAACAUUUUAUAUUUAUAAUCUUGGAACCAAGAAAAUUAUUUAUUCCAAAGGGUCUACGGUUAAUGAGACUGAUUUUUGUUUUUUAGUUAAUGGAACUAAUUUGUUUUACAUUCCAUCCUGCUGUACCUACUUUUAAAAAGAUUUUAUUGUAUUGUGUCAAUAGAUUUAUUUUUUGGGAGUUUCUUUUUUUAAAAAUGUUUUUGAUCUGAAUUUCGUACGUUUUUUACAGGUUUACAGAUUAUUCUCGAAUUUUCGAAAGUCAGGUUUAUGAUUGUUUUAGGGAUGUCCGUAACUUGGCUUAAGCCGAAUACUAAUGUUUAGUUACUAUUCGUCGAAAUAUGAUACCAGAAUAAACAUCAGGAAAAUGAAAUAUACGAUUUAUUUUUUAAAAGAUAUCUUAACCAAUUAAAAUGGGUUUUUCUAUGAAUAUAUGGUAGUUAAUUUUUAACCUGAAAAUUUUGAAUGUAGAAUAUUUAUUGAUUGUUGCUUUCUUUAUCGUAAGUGCAGGGUAAGCCUAGUCACGCGAAGUUUUGAAGUCGUAGAGUUAUUUUAUUAUUAACUGUUACACAAUGAACCUAUGCACAUUUUCAUAGUUCAUAGUUUCAUACGUAAAUAUUUAGAAUUAAUUUUACUGUCAUAAAAUUCGGAGAAUUAAUUUUAAUGUGUAAUAUUUUUUUACACUAAUAACUUAUAUUUCUAGGGCGUCGUUAAGCCAUGAUAUACAUUAAAUGGGGUAUUUAUUGAUCAUCAUUAACAUGUUCGACAAAUUGACAUCACUAUUAGGUUCGACUAAAAUUCGGCCUGCAGAUCAACUAUUGAAUCAAGUUUGUGUAUGGGUUCGUUGUGUAUUAGUAUCGUAUUGUUGUUAGCUUGUUUUUGUUGUUGAAUGUUUUGCACAAGUGUGAUAUUUUAGUAGCACAAAGUAAUUACUUAUUAUAUAAAGUGUAUCCAGUGAGUUUUGUCUGCUAAAGUCUGCUGUUUUUGGGAAUAAUCUUAUGAUAUUUGAUAUUGAGGAGUUAACCCUAGUCUAUGGAAAUUAUACUAAUCUGAAUGAAUUGUUAUACACUUUUUAUAUUUGAAUAAUAUUUAGAUUUUAAGUCGACAUUAACGUAGGGAUGUGUUUAUACUAGACGCGCGAUGAUACAAAGUAUGAACUUUAUCCGUGAAAAUAUAAGUCUAUAGAUAUUAAUUUAUUAUGAUGAAUGUAUUGUCAUCUUCCCUAUUACCAAGUACUUACAAGCAUUACUUUCAUUCUACUCUUCGUCUAGUCUAGACACAUCUCAUGUCGUGUAAGAAGUAUACUUGAUCACGAAUGCGUUAUCUACAUACAUUAUAUUAUUAUCUAGGUACUGUUUAAGAAAGUAGCAAACUUAAUGAGUCUGUAUACCCCUAGAAAUAUUCCUAAUAAAUCCGUUCCUCGUAUAAUUAAUAUAUACCGACCUUGUAGAUGCAUCUCGUUGUCAAAUUAAAUAUUUAACCUGUACAUAACUAAAAUUACACUUUAAGGCCGAAUUUCAGCUCAAGAAGUAUUCGUCAAUCAAACCGAAUAUUCGGCUUAGCGCAUAUCCGAAAAUAUUCACUCCAUUUUUUAAUAAAUUCUUUAUUUAAUUAAAUAUCUUGCCAUAAUAAUUAAGUUUAUCAUAAUCAAUUCUAGUCAUAUUUAAUCAAUUUUAUAAUGUAUACGCGCAAACUUAGAUAAGGCGCGGAAAUUCAAACGAAAGUUUUGUAUUAUUGUGAUCGGCUUAAAAACCUAUAUUUAUUAUUGAAUAAUAUUUUGUAUCGUAUUAAUUAAAAUGUUAAUAUUUACCCUUGACCAAAUUACGAUUUAUAUACAUACCUAUUAUGAAGUGUCAAUUUUGUGUACAAUUAUUGUCUA